AUGAUUUUCCAUAAAAACAAUUUCAAAGAAAUAAAAAGAUCAAAAAAGGGUAGUGGUGUUAGCCUACUCAAAAAGAUAAAAGAAUAUAUCGGUAUAAAUUGUUAUAUACCGAGUGAUGGAUGCUGCUUUGUAAAGUGCGUUAAUCGUGUUUUAAACGAAGACUACACGAGAGAAUUUCAAGAUUUCAUCAACAGUUUUCAAAAAUCAAACAGAAAAGGAGUUAUGACAACUGCUAGAAUUUGCGAAUUCAAUAAGAAAUUUAAUACUAAUUUUCAAAUAUAUAUGCCCAAACAUAGACAUUUUCAACCAAAGAAAGUAACCGAAGAAUUAGAUUGGGUUUUUUAUUUACACAAAGAACAUUUCUGUUUGAUAAGAAGAAAUAACAAAACUUUGGGCAUUAAAGAAAUAGAAGAUAAUUACGAUGAAAACGUAUGGAGAACUUGUAGAGAUGAUAAUGCGAUAACGCAAGUUUCACUUCUAAAACUAAACGUUUUUCCAACCAUUCACGAUGAUUGUUUAUACGCAUGGGAUUGCGAAACCUACAACGAAAAUAAAGCCAUACCUUAUUCCUGCACUUUAGUUAAUUUAGAAAAACUAAGGAAAAUGUUAAACAGAAGAAAUAAUCUCUUUCCAGAUUUAAAGCCGACAGAUCCCAUUCCAGAAGAAUUUUACAACAAACUCAUGACUAAUAUAGUAGAAAUAUUUGUAGAUGAAGAUUUACAGAAAAAAUGGAAAAGACAGAAAGAAAUAAAGGGUAACUCUAAUUAUUUGCAAAAUAUUAAUUUCACAUGUUCCUAUCAACAUGAAAAAUCUAGUUUAGCGGCAUGGGGAAAUUCAUCUAAUCUACCAAUGAAUUUGAGAAAGAUCGAGGAUGUUAAUAUUGCAAAAUACGCUAAAGAUAAUUGGGAAUCUUUAAGACCCGAAUGGGAACCUUACGCUAAAAGAGAUACAUUGUGUCUCGGAGCUUGUUUGAUAAAAUACAAUCAAGCCAUGAAAAAAACUGUCUUCCAAAACGUUUCCAAUAAUCUAAUGGCUCCUUCUUUAUCUUUAAAGGGUUGGUAUUAUUUAUAUCAUUACGAUAAAGAAAUGGUUGAAGAAGAAUGGUAUGAAAGUACUAGAAUGGUUCCGAAACAUACGGAAAAACAAAACGUAGAAAAAGUUUACUCGCAUACUCACCCUUUUAUAAGAUAUUUUAUCAGACAAAGUAUUAAAGGCGGAAGAGUUUCGGCAAAUCGAAAAUCAUUUGAAACGGAUAAAAUGAAUGAGAUCUGCGCCAUAUUAAAAGAAUACAAUGAAAGUGACACUGAAGGAAUAAUAGAUUUAUUCAAAGAAUACAGUGUUAACCCAAAAGAUAAAACGGAAGUUCACGCUAAACUCAAAGAACUGGACUAUUCUAAACUGAUGGCAUUUGACGCUAAUGGGUUUUACGCUUCAGCCAUGACAGAAGGUGAAUAUCCUAAAGCGGAAAGUGCAAGAGCGUUUCUACCAGAAGAAGAAAAAGAAUUUGUAAAAAAUCUUCAAUAA